GAGAUUGGAAAAGCGUUGAAAUAGUGUGUAUGAGAAUUGGUUGAGAGGUGUGUUUCCUUUUUCUUUCUCCAAAUUACUUCAUCACCACCAACUCCAAUCCUUUCUUAUUCUCUACACCAACAACACGCAGAUACAACAAUGCCUGUUUUCUAAUCUCUCCAUUUCACCCUCUUCAAUGACAAGCUCUUGGUCCUCUUUUCCCAUUCCCAUUCCCACCUCCAACAACCCUCGCCUCUCCCCCUUCACUACUCCUCCUCUUCCCGACCCACACGACCAUCUCCUCCUCCACCAUGAUCUUUCUUCUCAAGGAAUGUUACCCAUCUUCUUAAACCACCAAGACUUUGUCGAGGUCACUUUGGAAGUUGAGGAUCACUCCGUUUUGGUUCGCAGCAUUUCUCCUCUUCCUGCUUCCUCCGACCCACUAGAUGACUCCUCUCUUUCCAUCACUGCUAGAAUUCGUAACAAAUUCCCCUGGCUUCGCUCUGCCUCUUCUCGUGCCUCCACUGCCUCCUCUCUCGAUAGGGACGACACCGCGGCGGCGCCCAUCUCUGCUCGUGACGCUCGCCGCCUCAAUGCUCAGCUGCAACGUACCCGAUCCCGAGCUCAAGCUGCCCUUCGGGGCCUUAGAUUCAUUAGCAAGACCACCAAUGCUUCUGAUGCCAACGAGCUCUGGCAACGAGUCCAGUCGAGGUUUCAUUCUCUGGCUCAAGCUGGACUGCUUGCUAGAGAUGAUUUUGCUGAAUGCAUUGGAAUGGUGGAUUCAAAGGAGUUUGCGCUGAGAAUAUUCGACGCGUUAGCAAGAAGAAAAGGAUUGAGGAUUUCGAAAAUCAACAUGGAGGAACUCCAUGAAUUUUGGCUGAAGAUUUCGGACCAAAGCUUCGACGCUCGCCUCCAAAUUUUCUUUGACAUGGCCGACAGUAAUGAAGAUGGCCGAAUCACAAGAGAAGAAGUACAGGAGCUGAUCUUGCUAAGUGCUUCUGCAAACAAUCUUUCGAAACUCAAAGAGCGAGCUGAGGAAUAUGCUUCCUUGAUCAUGGAAGAACUUGAUCCCGAAAACCUCGGAUACAUUGAGUUAUGGCAACUUGAGACUUUGCUUUUACAAAGAGACACAUAUAUGAAUUACAGCAGACCCUUAAGCACAGCAACAAGUGUAGGAUGGAGCCAAAAUCUAAGCUCAUUCAACCCAAAAUACAUCAUCAAAUCAGCAACCACAACAUUCAAUUCAGUGAUCUUCCAAAACUGGCAAAGAAUUUGGAUUCUUUUCCUAUGGGGCUCAACAAUGGCAGCUCUUUUCACAUGGAAAUUCCUUCAAUACAAAAAUAAAGCAGCAUUUGGCAUAAUGGGCUAUUGUCUUCCCACGGCAAAAGGCGCCGCAGAGACUCUAAAGCUCAACAUGGCCUUAAUCCUCCUCCCCGUCUGCCGCAACACUCUCACAUGGCUGCGAUCAACUGCAGCGAGAUCAGUAGUCCCGUUCGACGACAACAUCAAUUUUCAUAAGCUAAUUGCAUGUUUCAUAGCGAUCGGAAUAGCCGUCCACGGCGGGGUUCAUUUGGCAUGCGACUUCCCGAGAUUGGCGAAUUCAUCGGCGGAGGAGUUUGAAGUGAUAUCGAGUGACUUCCACAACAAGAAGCCAAGCUUUAAGGAGCUAUUGAUGAGUGUUGAAGGGGUAACAGGGAUUGCGAUGGUGAUUUUGAUGGGGAUUUCAUUUACACUUGCUACUCGUCGUUUUAGAAGGAAUGUUGUGAGAUUGCCUUGGUUAUUCAACAGAUUGGCUGGAUUUAAUGCCUUUUGGUACUCUCAUCAUCUUUUGGGAUUUGUCUACCUUUUGCUUCUUGUUCAUGGAACUUUCUUGUUUCUUGCUCAUAAUUGGACUCAGAAAACGACUUGGGUGUAUAUCUCUUUUCCUUUGCUGCUGUAUCUUGGUGAGAGGAGCCUCAGAGCCUGCAGAUCAGAGUAUUACUCUGUUGAGAUAUUGAAGGUUUCAGUAUUACCAGGAAAUGUAUUCAGCUUGGUGAUGUUAAAGCCUCGUGGAUUCAAAUACAUAAGUGGACAGUACAUAUUCCUUCAAUGUCCAUCCAUUUCCCAAUUUGAAUGGCACCCAUUUUCUAUCACUUCAGCACCAGGAGAUGAGUAUCUGAGUGUUCAUAUUAGAACAGUUGGGGAUUGGACAAGAGAACUCAAACGUGUCUUCACUGAUCAUGUCAACUCUAGACCUCUCCUUGGUAGAGCCAAAUUGGGCCAUUUGGUUAACAUGGAAAGAAAAAGCCAGCCGAGAUUGUUGGUGGAUGGGCCGUACGGUGCUCCUGCACAAGACUACCAAAACUACGACGUGCUUCUUCUUGUGGGACUUGGAAUUGGAGCCACACCUUUUGUUAGUAUCCUCAAGGAUCUUCUCAACAACUCUAGAACCAAUGAAGAUCAACAAACGCCUGCGGAAUCAACAACGGAAACAAGUAGAUCAGAAGAUAGCUUUGGAUCUGUAAACACGAGUACACCAAGUGGAAAGAGGAAGUUGCAGAGCAGGACGCAAGCGCAAGCGUACUUCUAUUGGGUAACGAGGGAGGCUAGUUCGUUGGAGUGGUUCAAAGGGGUGAUGGAUGAAGUAGCUGAGAUGGACAAGAAGGGCCAAAUUGAACUCCACAACUACUUGACAAGUGUGUAUGAAGAAAGUGAUGCAAGGAGCACAUUGAUCACAAUGGUUCAAGCUUUAAACCAUGCCAAGCAUGGCGUCGACAUUCUCUCCGGCACACGAGCAAGGACUCACUUCGCAAGGCCGGAGUGGAAGGAGGUGUUUGGACGAAUUGCGUCGAAGCAUGCAUACAAGACAGUGGGAGUGUUCUAUUGUGGAAUGCCAAUGCUGGCCAAACAACUCAGCACACUGUCACAGCAGUUUACUCUCAAGACUACAACUAGAUUUGAGUUCCAUAAGGAAUAUUUUUGAUUUCAUUACUUUUUUCUUAAAUAUAAACUAUACCAUAAAGGGAGGGGACACCCAAAUUGGAGUGCUUAUAUUACAUUAGUUGUAGCUUAGCUAGAUAUACAUUCACUUGCAUACCAUAUAUUAUACCCCAUUUUACCAUAUUUUAUACCCCAUUUAUGUAUAUUUUUCUUUCUUCUUCUUAACAAUAUAACAAUAUCAAAUAAGUGAAAGAAAAUAACAUCUAUUUUUU